ACAGACGCGUUCUCGUUCGGUAGUUCUCUAAUCGCAUCUUCCUUAACGUCCUAUCCUGUCUGUACAUCAGUUUUCUUCUACCUGCAUCUGCAUCGUUGUUUCUACUCUCUCGAGGUGCCCUGGUCGAUUUUGACGUUGACGUACAUGUCUCCAAACAUUGAGGUUCACGUAUCUUAUCGCGAAUAAAGGCUCAACAGCCGAUGCAGAAUUCUGACCAAAAACGCUCCAAUACAUUCCAAUACUCCACGGACUCUACUAAAUCGCAAUACAUAUUUUCUUAACCGUGGAACCUUGCCAGUGACGAGAGUCAUCCUUGAAACGAUGUUCGAACCAGCCUUGUACUCAGCCAACGACAAACAGGUUCGUGAGGAGACCAGCGAAUACAUUGAAGAGUUUUCCGAUGAAAUUGGCCAAAUGUCAGGACGGUGCCUUGAUAUUGGAAGUGGACCCGGCCAUAUAGUAGUCGAUUUACUCCUUCCAAAGUUGAAUCCGAAGUCUACCGUUAUCUGUUCUGACAUUUCCCGACCGAUGUUGGACUACGCUAAAGAAAAAUAUGGCGCCAACGAGCGAAUAUCUUUCCUCGAGCUGGACAUUGAGUCCCCAACGCUGGUCGAAUAUCUAGGUGAAAAAUUUGAUCACGUCACAUCGUUCUAUUGUUUACAGUUUUGUCAAGACAUGCGCCAAGUCCUCAAGAACAUCUUCGACCUAUUGCAACCUGGAGGUACUGUUCUCUUCACCUCAGUGUGCAAUCAUCCUUGUGAGGACGCUUACAAGAUACUGGCAGCUGUACCUCGAUACAAGCGCUACAUGAUGGAUGUGGACCGUUUCGUUGGGGUAUUUCAGCACGCUGAACGCCCGCGUGAGACUCUGAAAAGUUUGCUUCGAGACGUUGGCUUUGAGGUCUGCCACUGCAGUAACAGACACACGAGUUACAUUUACGACACUCCCGAUGCUCAUACCGGAUUCAUGGCGUCUAUCGACCCCUUCAUGUCCCGCAUGCCGGAUGAACUACAGCGGGAGUACUUGAUAGAUCUGGGCAUAGAAGCAAGAAGGCACACAUUCGUCGUCAACAAGGAUGGGAAUGACGAUUGUAGCAUACUGUCCAGACGCCAUACUUUUGUAGUUUACUUGAAAAAGCCAUUGGUCCACUGAUAGACAGCCAAAUAAUUAAUAAAAGUCGAUAUAUCAAUCAUCGUUCACGUUCUGAAAUGUUCGAAUGUUCAACUAUCCAGCUUUUUUUUUAAAUUCGUCGCAUUGAGAUGAAAAAUUUGUGUGAAACUACAGAGUUGACGUAGGCUUUGAGAUUAAUCUUGGAAACGUCGACUUGGAACCAUAUAAUUAAUACGGAUUUUUAGUACUAUUCAAGAACGCAAUGACAACCUGAUUCAAAACCUUAAUCAGAUAAGCUACUAAAUGAUAUAAAUAGUUGUUACUUACCCAAGCUGUUACUUUUAUCUCGAAACGAGAAAAUAUAAGUAAACAGAUAUAACCCGAA